AUGAGCUCCGGCGGCUGCUCGACGUGCCUGGAGAUCAUCUUCGCCGCCGUGCUCCCGCCGCUCGGCGUUUUCUUCCGCUACGGCUGCUGCAGCUCGCAGUUCUUCAUCUCCCUGCUGCUGACGGUGCUCGGCUACGUCCCCGGCAUCGUCUACUCCGUCUACGUCAUCCUAAAGAUGCCGCCGGAGCUGCCCGGCAUCGACGGCGACCGGCCCUACUACAUCCUCGCCUGA